AUCUACGGAAAACUUCCUCUCGUCGCUUGAAAGACUUACUCGACCGACCCCAGAAACGGAAUACUUGGACAUGUACAACGACUUGUACCUCUCAGACCCUGGUACAGGUCAGAGAUACCCCGAGCCAGAAUUGGUGCUUGACUCGCAUACAUCCCGAAGGACAGGUUGAUCAAAUUCCUAGCUUAUGCCGUUAUGCCGUCUGUCAUGACAUGGCUUCUCCAGAGACAAAGUUGGACGAACUGGACGCACCCCCUGAAACUUGAUCCUGCCGGUCCGAACACUUUCGUGGACACGCUCUCCAGAGUGACAAUGUCAUGGAACAUACCUUCGAUGGCAGCGAUGUCCAUGCUGUGUGUAUAUGUUCGACUCGAUGAGAAGGCGAGACAAUUUCCUGAACCCUUCCGCUACCUUCUUACCAACUCUCCUGGCAUGGGUGAUCUUACUAUCCGUCAUGACUUUUCAGAAGAAAAUCCUAACACCGAUUGGCAUACAAACCUCGACUCGCUGCCACUUCGCUACAAUGUGUCGCCACUACUCGUGCUCACGUUCUUUGAGCUCACUGACCUGCGUCUUGGAGAGUCCUCGCGCGCCCUGCUUCACGAGAUAGGUUUCUCGUCACUCGAAUGCUUACAUAUCCGUGACUGUGUCGACGUGGCACCAUUUCUGUUUGCCUUGUCGGGUCUAUUUACCCGUACCGGGGGAAGCCUAAUGAACCUUCACAUGUCCAUGGAAGAUCCUUCGCCUAUCCUCGGAGGUCUUGACUCCUUCCUACAGACAUGACAAGGACUUCGAACGAUCAUCAUCUGCAUGCCCCUGAAAAGUUCGGUUGCAAAGAAAAGGGUUAUGUAUCAUGCGGAUACGUUGAAGCGUCUUCUCCUGGGAGAUGUGACAGCCGGUUACCAAGUGCAGUACAACGUGGACGUCGUAGACAUCUUCGGAAAGUGCUCAAGGUUGGAAGA